UCCUGAUAGCUGCUUUUUAUUUUACCUGCACAGUUUAUAAAACUAAACCUUCUGUUUUCUCAGAUUCCCUCAGGAGAAUUUUUUCUUCUGCUUUCUCUUGUAAUGAUUUAUUUACUCCUCAGGUUCUGCAGCAGGUUGAAUACUGACAGUCUUACUCUACAAUAUAAAGUUUUUUAAUGUAGGAAUUACAUGUUAGUAGCUUGUUUGUGAGUUAUGUGAAGUUUUUUUUUUAUCUUUUUGGGGGAUAAACGCAGCAGAAACAUUCAAAAUGCUGCAGUAAGACCAUCAAACGUGAGUUUCCAUCUACUCUAAAACAUAAAGACGACAGAAAACAAUAGAUUUAGAUAUUUUAUGAGUUAUUUAAUAUUGUAAUCUGUUUUGUCUUUUAGUGUGAAUUGUUAAUUAAAGGUUGUUUUCAUGUCCAAUCCCAUCUGAAAGAUGUUAUUCAAACUCAGUUAAUGGAGUUAAGAAGCUAGAAACAAGUUUUCACAGAGAUGAACAUUUGUACAAUUAGAAACUUUUUAUCAACGUGACUGUAUACAAAAUGAUGACACAGCAUUCGAGCCAUAAUAAAAGAUAAAUAAAAUUACAAGUCAGAUGUAAUUUUGACUCAUUACAGUUCUUAUUAUAGUUGAAAUAACAAAGGAAUGAAGUCGCAAUAAAAUAAUAAACUUUAUUCUUGUAUUUUCUCAUCGUGGUUGUAAUACUCCGUCAUAUAAAACAGUCCAGGAUUUAUUUGUAAAUUUAUUGCGAUGGAAAACCAAACCUAUCGCUCGCUAAGGCUCCAUGUUUCCCGUCUUUGAUUUAUUUUUUCCGUGCAGGAUUCCUGGCUCCUCCGGUUCCUCAGCCGGUUCGGACGCCGACAGACAUGCUGGCCGCCGGCGGCUGCCAGCUGAGCGAGGAGCAGCUGUGGUGCUGCAUCUGCCUGGACGUUUUCUCCAGCCCCGUCACGCUGCCCUGCGGACACAACUUCUGCAGGAGCUGCAUCCAGGAGCACCUGACCUCUGACCCCCAGCGCCGGUGCCCCCUGUGCCAGGAGCGCGUGGACAAGAAGCACAAGCUGGGCGUGAAUACUUUCAUAUCUGAGCUGGCCGUUCAGUACAGGCAGAGAGCAGGAAGGAAAUCUGGAAGCAGCUCAGAGCCGAGGAAAGCGCCGUGCGGAGCUCCAGUCAGACCCAAACCGCUGACCUCCAGGUCCUGGCUGCUGCUAGCUGUUAGCCUGCUAGCGCUGCUGCUGCUGCUCACGGCUAACCUGCAUCUCCAUCAGAGCCUGAGCGGCGGAGAGAUUCCGCCCCCUGAGGCGGAGACUUUCUGCUCCGAGCAUCAGGAGCCGCUGGAGCUCUUCUGCAAGAACGACCAGGUUAGCAUCUGCCGGCGCUGCGGCGCCACCGCGCACCGCUUCCACCAGCUGGUUCCGCUCAGCGACGAGUUCCAAGAGAAGAAGGCCGAGCUCAGCAAGACGGAGGCCCGCAUCCAGCAGGUGAUCUGGCAGCGGCGGCUGAAGAUCCAGGAGCUGAAACGCUCCCUGCAGCAGAGCGAAGAAGCCGCAGACGGAGAAAUGGCGGACGGCGUCCGGAUCUUCAGCUCCCUGAUCCAGACUCUGGAGGCGGCGCAGGCGGAGCUGAUCGGGGCGAUCGAGGAGAAGCGCAGAGCGAGGGAGAAGCAGAGCCGGAGUUUGAUGGCCGACCUGGAGCAGGAAGUGGCGAAGCUGCGGCGGCGGCAGGUGCAGCUGCAGCAGCUGUUGCGCUCCAGCGAUCCGCUCGUCUUCCUGCAGAGCUUCCCGGCUCUGAACGCCGUCCCGGCCACCAAGGACUGGACCCAGCUGAGGAUGUGUCCGCCGGUCUACGACGGCCUGACCCGCACGGCGCUGCUGAGCGCCACCAACCAGCUGACAGACGCCAUCAGGAACGCCAUGCAGACGCUGCAGGACGCGGCGGCGGCGAACCUCCACCGCUCCGCCGUGGACGUCGAUCUGGACCAGGACACGGCGCAUCCCGCCCUCCGGCUGUCCGACGAUCGGAGACAAGUCCAGCUGGGAGACGGCGGGAAAUCGCUGCCGUACCAGUCCAAACGCUUCGAAGCUUUGGUCGGCGUCCUGGGGAGGCGGGGCUUCUCCUGCGGCCGGUUUCACUACGACGUCCAGGUCAAAGGGAAAACCGCCUGGACGCUCGGCGUCGCCAGGGAGUCCGUCAACCGGAAGGUCGAACUGGACCUGAGCCCGGCGAACGGCUUCUGGACCAUCCGCCUCCAGAACAGGAAGGAGUUUGUGGCGCUCGCUAGCAAGCCUCUUCCUCUCUCGGUGGGUUAUAAUCCGGAUUGGGUGCGAGUGUUUGUGGAUUACGAGGAGGGUCAGGUGUCGUUUUAUGACGUCGAAGCGGCGGUUCUGCUGCACUCCUUCACCGGGUUUUCCUUCACUGAGAAACUCUUCCCGUUCCUCAGUCCCGGUCCGAAUGACGGCGGCAGGAACUCUGCUCCUCUGAUCAUCGCUCCUCCGACUCAACACUCAGAAAAAUAACGCAGACAUCAGUCAGGAUUUUCAUUUAAAGGGGCGGUACCACAUAAAUCAUCACGUUAUAAAGUUAUUCCCUCAUCACAAACAAACAUGGAGUUUUGCUUUGACUCUUUCAUGGAUGUCUGACAAUCAUUUAGUCUCCACGGCAACCAUUCUGCUGGGUGGACCUAGCUCCGCCUUCAAGACGCAGCUCCUCCCCCACUCCGCUCCUUCAGACUAGCCAGCAGCAAAUAGCAAACAGCUGACGGAGCUGCUGAGCUGAUUACAGGAGCUACUUCUCAGUGAAACUCAAUUAUAAAUAUUUAGUUUUAAAAGAACUACAUACAAAUAUGUGUUUUUAAUAAAUAUAAAUAUAAAGAAAACUGUCUGGGAAACUGUUUUCCUGGUUUGCAUCACAAAGAAUAAUGGAAAAAAUACAAGAAUCAAUUAAAUACGUUUAUAGACAAAUAAAAGUUAGAAAUUACCUUCAUAAUUUAAUAUUUAGCUCCUUUGUUUAUCUUUCAGUUGUUCACAAAGAAACAAGAAGUAAUAUGUAAAAACAUAUUGGUUUGUUUUUACCAACAUGUGUUGAUAUUUUAAGAUGAUCAAUUGUCAACAUGACUCUGAAAAUAACUUCUGAUAGUAGAAUAUGCAUCAAUCCAAACCUAAAACCAACAAAGAUUAACUUCAGAUUUGGUGUGGAAGAAAUAUUAUGGCCAGAAAAAAUGUCGUUUUAGUUUUUUCCAGCUGGAGAUAAAUAAAUUUACUGCAAAGCAGGUCGAAGUGUUAAUCUGCAGCAGGAAGUAUCUGAAGGAUUGGCAGCUGAAAGCAAACCGCAAAUAUGUCAUGAUGAAAAUGUCAAGUUUCUGUUUAUCUGAAGGCAUUAAAUCGUAUUAUUGUCACAAUGCUCUUCAGAUGACAGAUUGAUGAGCCUUUUUAAUUAAGUUCUUUCUGUGGCCAACUAAAUGAAUCAUCCCAGUUCUGAACAUCAGAAUGGUAUUUAUUGAUGACAAAGAGCAGGAAGAAUGAGUUCACAGUAAAAUGACGACUUUGUCAUCAUCACUGUUAGACUCACUGAGUGUUAAAGUUAAUAUAACACAGAGUAUAAAACCUGGCGUCGUUCUGCAGAAUGUGAUUUCGAAAGGCAGGAAUACAACCUGACCUGUUUGCUUCAUCGUACAGAAAAUAAAAGACACCUGCUGGAAUCCAUUUUUAUCUGACGGCUCCCAGACCAGGAAAAAAAAAUAUGUGGACACUUUUGACCAAUCUGUGAGAGAAAGACACAUCAACAAAAUGAGACGAUGUGGACAAGCUGCAUCCGACCUGAAACUACCAUGUGAUUCAUAACUUAGUGAACACAAACAGUUCGAACUACAUGGAUCCAUGCAGUCAGUAUUUGAACGGAUUAUUAAAGGACAAACAAACUCUUCAUGUGAAUAAUGAGGAUCUGGUGCCUGACGGAUGAACAGUAGGCUACAUGUCUUAGCUAGCUGAUCAAGGCUACAUUAGCUAAGCUAAUUUUGCUAGUUUGGCAUAAAGUACCUCAGUAAACAUUUUUAUCUUCUGUCCCACAUGUGGGUGGAUGACUUCAGUAAACUGCAGGGCUGAAUUUCUGACUGCCUUUUGUGAAGACAGUCUUAUCUUUGUCAGGUGAAGAACGUCGUUCCCAGACGAGUUGAACCAGAUAAAUUCAAAGUAUUUCUCCACUGCAGACUUUCUGGCGGUUAAUCAGAAACCCCCUCUGUUUCUGCUCCCUGGAGUCUCUUUAACAUCCAUUUAUUACAUUUUCAGUUUCAGAAACAUUAUAAAAUAAAUAAAUGUUAAUAAUGUACAAAACCUACAUUGUAAAAACUUCAUCAUUUUAUUGUAAAACAUACAAAUAAAUCAAAUGUUAAUAUUAUGUGAAAAUAUAAUUUAAAGUGAUUCUGUUCCAACAGCAGGUCUCAAGUUUCAGUUCCAAUUUAUGUUUUGUUUUCUUUGACAACGAUACCUGAUUUUGCUCCAGGCGUCUAAAAGUUGUCUGGACCGGCUCACCACAGAUCCACUUGGCACCGAAACAGAUCUGAUAAAAUCAAAGGCUCACUUUGGAGUCAUGACAUGCACAUCAAACCAGAGCGUGAUCUGCCUGUUGCUGGCUCACAUACUGGACACUCUGGAGGUUUCUAAUUCAGGAGCUUUUAUUUUUCUGACAAGGUUGAAGUCAACUGACAAACAACUACUAGAUAUUUAUAUUGUUUCCUUAAAAAGAAGGAAGUAUUUAGUUGUAGCACCACAGUGCUCACGUUAAAUUGUGCUACAAAACAACUUUGAGUCAAAGAAAUCCCAAAACACGUAUGACAGAGUUUUACACGCAACUAGUUAUGUUUUUUUUUUUUUCAACCAAACUGAUUUUUAAUUUUUUCGCUGCAAAUGAAAGAUCCUGGAGAUGCAUUUUAUUUACUGUUGUUUGAUUGUGUUCAGUCAUUUCCCGUCUGUUUCUGUAUUUGUGUUUAAACGUCAGGCGGUUGCAGGGAUUUGUUGUGUUACUGAUGCAAACAUCACCUGGUUUAAGAUCAACAGGAAGCGUCACGUCACUAAAACACCAAGAAAUGUUUUUGUUUUUGGAGUUAAAUCUGCUGCUAUCAGAGCCUAGCUAACCAAACCAACCCACCAUCUGCCCCAUCACUGUGAACUUUACCAACCCAUCAUGAGACGUUUCAGAAUCAAACUAAAACACAACCAAUCGCAGCCAGGAGACGGGUGUUAGUGCUGUCCAUCAUGACCGUGUAUACGCCACGAUUCAUGGAGGUGAAGCUCAGAAAUUUUGGAGUUUCAAAUGUUGGACAUUUUGACUUUUAAAACUCAAAAAUUUCCAACUUUUUUCUAGGAAAUUUCUCUGAUUAAUAUCACAAUUUUAUGCAGCUCCUCAUUUUUUCUAUGUACAAUGGCCACUGGCGCAGUGGUGAGUGAAACUUCAAAAAGUGUGAAUUAGAACCAACCAAUCAGAGCCAAGCCUCCUCUUGGCUCAUAAAAGAUGCAAACAUCCAUAAGAGAGUUUGUAUCUUUUAUGGAUGAAAACUCGAUAAAAACCAACCUGUUUAGAGUUUGUAUUUAAAAUGUAAUCAAUUAGAAAUUUAUUGAUGAAACUUAUUGGCGUGUUUUGGUUGUUGAUUCUAUGUUGCAUCGUGUUUCUGUGUUUGAUUUGAUGUAAAGCACUUUGAAAUGCCUUGAUGCUGAAAUCUGCUAUACAAAUAAAAUUUGAUUGAUUUGAUUGACUUAACAAAUGCUAAGGCUAGUUAGCAUGGGAACUGAUGAUGGCGCAUGGGGAGUUGUUUCUCCACCAGCAGCACAUGUAGCAGCUCCUUCCUGAGGGUGAUUGACAGCACUAAGCCCCUCCUCCUGGCUCUGAUUGGUGGUUUUUGGUGCUUUUCCUCAAAGGGCAAUAAUGGCUAAAGAGUGAGAUUGAUCUUUUCACAGAUUAUUUGUCUCAUAACAAACUCAACAUGGUGGCAUUUUUAACUAAUAUGUAAAAAACAUCCUGCAGCUUUAAGGCGUUGUGAGCCCAACCUGAAGCUUUGGAUCUGCUGCUAUCAGACAGGUAAAGCUUGGCGUGUCGCCUCUUCGUCAGCUGCUCUGACGUUAAUACUUCAGGAAUAAUUACAGCACAAAUAUUUUGCAUAUCAGCUGCACUUCGCAGUAUGCAGACGUGGAGCUUAGCGUCGCCACAGACUGGAUGGAUUAUGGAAAUGUGAAAUGCAUCAGAACCGGCUGCUUGGGAUAUUAGAGCAUCAGGCAGAUUAUGGAAAUAUGAUGCUCUGGAUCUGGGAUUUCUCUCCACAUCUGAAACUUUCUCUGUUUUCUCUGAACUCAUCAGUUUCUCCCUCAAAGACACAAACUGGACCUGCGAUUGGACCAUCAGUCUUUAUCGUCAACAGCUGCGUUUUCAUUAACUAGAAUAUUGCAAAAAAUUUUAACUAUGAAGAUGAAUUUACUUAAUGAAAAGGUUUCACUAAAAAAUAAUAAUCACAUUUAAUAUUUAUUCAUUAACACAUAAUACUGUUUUCUUUUCCACUAAUGUAAUGUUGUAUCUUCUACUGUGAUGUACAAUAAAUAAAGGCUGAAAAAAGG